AGCCAGGGAAGAAGUGGCUCGACGCCUGGGCUUGCGGGGAAUUUUGUUUUCGGCUCAGCCCCGGUGAUUCCACCGACUAUGGAAAUUCCGCGGAGCUGCUGGCUAGCGCUUCUUCUCGCCACUGUCGUACCUGGCGUGCAGUUGUACUUACAAGUCAAGCCUUCCUGUAGCAGUGAGCAACAGUAUGAAUAUUCUGGCCGAUGCUGCACCAAAUGUGAACCAGGAAAGUACAUGGCAAAAAAAUGCACUGCCUUUUCAGAGACUGUAUGCAAACCUUGUGGCUCAAAUGAAUAUAUGGACAUCUGGAAUGAAGAGGAAAAGUGCUUUCUUCAUAAAAUAUGCGAUAGGGGAAGAGCUUUAAUAGAAGUGAUUCCAGGAAACAGCACAUUCAAAAGACAAUGUGCCUGUACUGCUGGCUACCAUUGGAACAGAGACUGUGAUUGUUGUCGGCGAAACACAAAAUGCUCUCCUGGUUCUGGAGUGAAAUUUCCUAUACAGCAAGAUAAGAAUACAGUGUGCGUACCUUGUCCCACUGGUUAUUUUUCUAAUGUCUCCUCUGCAACUGAUGCAUGCAAAGCCUGGACAAAUUGCACAGCUUUGGGUACUGAAGACAAGAUUCCUGGGAGUAGUUGGUCUGAUGCAGUUUGUAAGAUACAAGAGAAAACACAUUCAGAAGAUGAAAACAAGAAAUUAUUUUAUGUGUUGAUUGUUCCAUUCCUCCUCAUUGCCUUGGCUGGUGUAAUUAUCCUUACUGUAUAUUAUCGAAGUAAGGGGAAAUUACUGACAGCAGAUUUACAAUACUGGGCUCAGGAAAUAUGCCAACAAGUAAAAGGGAAAAAGGAUUCUUCUUGUGAUACAUUUGUAAACACAAAUGUAGCGCAUCCUGCUGGCAUUCAGCUUUUGGGAGAGACUUAUUUGCUAGAUCUUGACCAAUAUGGCUUUCCGGAUGAGGUACAUCACCCAUGUGAUCAUCUCCUAAGUGAAAAAGAUGGUACGGAUCAAAUACUUUAUGGAUCAAGAGAAAAUUUUCCAGCAUUGUUUCUAACUACCAUUUCUGAGGACGGCCACUUUAGACAGAUGCCUAUGGAAGAUGAAUACACGGACAAAGUAUCUCAUGGGCAGCGUUACUUACCUUUAGUCAGCCAAUCUGAUAGCAAACCAGCAUCACCCUUCUCUGAACCGCUAGAAGUGGGAGAGAACGAUAGCUUGAAUUACUUCUUCACAGGAACUGAAAAUCUGGAGGAAUUGGUACACUGCUGUUGCUUGGACACAUCAUGUGCAAUGGACCCUAUUCAUGCUUCCUCACAUAAAUACCUGCAGAGUUCUUGUAAUCAUUUCACUUGUGCCAAGAUGAGAGAUGUUGAUAAUGAAGAUGUAGGUACUUCCCUACUGAUGUCCGAAGAAAAGCAUAGCUUUGCCAGAUCACCUUGUAGACAACCUCCUAACAAACUGGACAAUGCCACAGAUUCCUUAAAAGAAAAUGGAUCUGCUCUGCUAGGCACCUGUGGUUUGGAAUCUUCUCUGGGAGACCAAAAUGGGUCAGCAAACAAUGUCGGAGACCAAAGUGACUCAUCUGACGGAAAGGAACAGAAUACAAAAAGAACAUCUGAGUCAAACUACAAUGUUUCAGAUCCACCAGCAGCAUCUGGAAAUGUGACAGGAAACGGGAACUCUACAUUCAUUUCAAGUGGACAAGUCAUGAAUUUUAAGGGUGAAAUUAUUUUUGUCUAUGUUAGUCAGAACUCCCAGGAAGGGUCGAUGACUCCUGGAUCCAGUGACGACAGCCUGGGGAACCCAGUGCAAGAGGAAAACUUAAACCGCUGUGAGACAUUUGCAGGCAAUGCUGACCAGUAUAAAGAAAAAUGCGCUGAAAUCAAUACGUGUCACAGCAUGGAAUCUGGAGAACCUCAAAGCACCGUAGAAGGAUACAAGAGGACUUUUGGGCCAAUUGGUCAAGAAGAGAAUUGUGAAAGCCAGAAGAAGCACCUCUCUCAUGAAGCCUCACAGCCUGUACAAGAGGAAGGGAAGCCAGGAUAUUCUUAAAGGAAAUGGUGCAUUGAUGCAGACGAAUGCUGAUUAUUGGUAUUCAGUCAAAAGAACUGACACAAGUAUCAUUCACUGAACCGUGAUCUGGAAAGCAGAUGCAGAUAGCACUAAUUAAGCAAAGGAAGCCUUCUGUCGGUUGCUGAGAUGUCAGAUUGCCGGCUACUGGAUUAAAAGGGGGUUCUUUGCUCCAAUAUAAAAAUGGUAGAGGAGACAAUUGAAUUAAUGCUAUGUGGAAUAUUUUGGUUUUCCAGGAAAAGAGUAGUGUAUUGGGAUUCAGAGAUGAGAUGCGUUGUGUCGUUGCUGUUCUUCCGGAUGCCAAGGAUGAUGUUCCUAUGGAAUUGACACAUGCUGCCUAAGACUCAUCCAUAGAAUUUGUUUUUAAAAUGGUAGCUUCUGUUUAUGUACAGUGGUAACGUUAACACAGCUGCCUUAACCUUUACUGCAGAAAAUACAGAUGAAAGUUCAGGAAAACAGAAGUUAGUAUUGUCUAUCCUCACGUUGCAGAUAAGAUUUCUGCCUCUCUCUUUUUCAUUUAAAAUAUUUCAUAUUCAUCCUUUCAAUGUUUUGUCCAAGAACUUACAUUUUUCGAAAGGAAAUUGCAGUUGCUCUCGGUCUCAGUAAGACUUCAUGGCACCAUACACUCCUGCAUGGGUUGUGUCAUCUUUUUUAAAAAGUUUGCCACUGAAUGAGUAGCAAGUUGUGAGUUGUACUUAUAGAACAGCCCCAUCAUUCAGUGUUUGAAUCACUAUGAAGCUCAUGAUUCCAAAUUAAACAAUAAAACUUAACACUUUGUGUGUGCCCACAACUUCUCCCCCCAUAUUCUCAUUAAUGGUGUGAAAGAAGAUUGAUUGCUCGUGAGCACUUUUUCUCAAGACAGGCAGAGAAGGUGGGCUUGUCUAUUUUAGAAAAGUAACUUACCAACAAUCUAGCAUUAGCAUUGUUCCCAGUCAUUCCAGAACACUAUACACCAAGGGUGUCAAAUUCAAGGCCUGUGAGACAGAUAUGGCCCAUGGAUUGCUCAGAUCUGGCCUGCAAAGCUGAUCUGGAAACAGCAAAGGGGCGGCCCACAGUGCCUCUGCCAGUGAAAAAAGAGCUCCAUUUUCGCUGGCAGGGGGUUGCGGGAGGCCGUUGCAGCUGAAAACGGAGUUCACAAAGGCUGCAUGUGGGCCUCCUGAGUGCCAUUUUCACUGACAGAGGGUUACAGGAAGCCGUUGCAACCGAAAAUAGACCUCAGAAGCCCGUUUUCACUAGCAGAGCACUCGGACCACCACAGGCAACCCCGACACGAGUGAUGUUGAGCUGGCCAUGCCCCCCCCCCCCCCCCCCCGAGGUCAAACACAAUCCUGAUGUGGUUCUUAAUGAAAUCCAGUUUGACACCUCCUGUUAUACUCAGAAAAGGUGACUGGUUCAUUUAAUAUCAUCAAAUGACCUUAAUCCAUACCUGAGGCAUGGAAUACAGUCCUUUAGAUUGUA